AUGAGCGACAGAGACAUGCUGCCCUACUCCCUAUUUAACGAAAUUCAUCUGGAUGGGGCCCUUUGUGACGCAGUCCUCAGAGUUCAGCAUGUGGAGUUUAAUAUCCACAAAAUUCUUCUCUGUCGUUGUAGUAACUACUUUCUGUAAGUUCACUCUCUGAUUUCAAAUGUCACCUGGAAAAGGAAUAUUUAAAACUAUACAAAAUUAACUUAAAAAGAGAACCAAUGAUGCACGUUUCCUGUCUGUCUGAGUACAGUCACAUGUCUGCUUUGGUAAAAGUUUUUGUGUAGAAAUAAAAAAGUUAACUUUUAUGAUGCUGACACAAAAUAAAAUUUUGGGGUGUGUUGAUCGGUUUGAAAAUAGUAAUUUCAAUGAUAUUACUCAUAAAGCUGAAUUUGACUCCAUGCUGGUGACCUAAUUCAAAAGCACAGCACUUUUAAUUAUUUAACACACAAAAGACCAUGCCUGAAAUUAAUUGUGGCAGCUGAUGAACUGUUUAGAAAAGACUUUGGGAAGCAAAACUAGAACUGCAUAUAUUUUUAGUCAAAAUUGUGUUUUUUUUUUCAUUUAUAUUGUAAGUCAGGGUGUACAAAGAGUAAUGCAUAAAAUGAGCAUUUAAUUCAUUGUUUCUUUUUCAUAAGUUAUGGUUAAGUAAGUUGAUUUCUUACAUGCAUACUGCAAAAUAAAGUGAACUAUAAAGGGUAGUAUAGAGGUUGUACAUAAAAACACAGGGUUGCAUUGUAUCCUGAUACUCAGUGUGGGCUUCAGAGUACUUAUGUAUUUUAGAUUGAUAUUUGCCCUGCAGUGUCAUGCAUUUGAAAACCCUCCAUGUAAUUUGGUCGGGUGUGUUUCAUCUGUUUUAAAAUGUCCCACAGAGCCCUGUUCACAAACUGGUCUGCCUCUGACCAAAGAGUGUUCGACAUACCUGGCCUUUCUCCUGCCAUGAUGCAGCUCAUUAUUGAGUUUGCCUACACUGGCUCAGUGUGUGUGACCAGUGACAAUGUCCAGGAGCUUUUGGUCGCUGCCGAUCAGUUCAACAUUAUGGAUAUUGUAAAAGCCUGCUGUGGCUUCCUGGAAAAAGAGCUUUCUCCAGAGAACUGCAUCGGCAUCUGGCAGUUAACCAAAAUCAUCCUCUGCUAUGGACUGGAGGAGAAGGCUUAUCGCUACAUCACUGAUCACUUUGAGGAGGUAGCUUCCCACGAGGAGUUCCUGGAGCUGUCUCUGCAGGAGCUUGCAGACUUCCUGGAGAAAGACGAACUCAAUGUGAAACAUGAGAAGACCACGUUUGAGGCUGUUGUUCACUGGAUUAACCACAGACAGGGAGAACGGGAAGAGCACAUCAGUGUACUUUUGCCAAAGGUAAGUAGGCCUUGGGGGGUUCCCAUAACCACACAGAAUGAAAAAACUACUACCAUUGCAUUUUGGUGGUUGUAAUUAUGAGCAAAAGAACUUGUUUUUGAGGGAAAAACUGAACAAAUGAUGGAUCAUAAUUAUGCAUCACAAGGGCUUCUUGUCCUUGAAAGCCACCAUCACUUCACCAAUGGACGGGGUGAGCAAGGGAGCAUUUAAAUCCAGAAUCUGAUGGCUAGGUACCAUUAAAGCCUAAACACUGUACCCUAAAAGUCCAGUAGGUAUUAGGGCAUUUUUACAGCAGUUAAAUUAGCCCCGAAACAAAUCUGCAGGUUUGUGUUUUAUGUUUGUGGCAGCUCUACCCGGCCUCUAUCAUUUCCUGGCCUCAGAUUUCCUGAAUCAAGUCAGGACAGCCACAACCUUAUCUAACAUGGAGAAGGUGUUAGCACCUUUGAGACUCUGGGUACAUCUCAAGUUUCUUCUUUGAAGUUUUAGAGGCUGUCCCAAACCUGCCAACUCGCAGACUAUCCCACAGCUCUUUUUUUUUUUUUCAAAGAAAUCUCUUCCUGGUUUCUCUCCAGGCAUCCUUUAUGAAGAUAUACUUGCUUUUUUUAGCUUUGCAUACACAACUGACUGCAUUAUGAACUUAACUGUGCACUAAUUGACACUUAGCAUUGCACUCAGCAUGUUAAAGCAGGAUAUGUUAGAGGGCACAGCAGAGCUCAGGUUGUAUGCAACUAUCAGAUUCAGGGAUGUAAAAAUGACAUAGCAGAAGUCACAGAGGAAGUCACUGUUAAUGUAUUUUUAAACAUAAAUUGAACCGAUCUCUUAUCCAGCUGUUUUGACUGGGAUGUUAGCGACACAUUGUGCAGAUUUGGAGACUUGAUAUUCAAGUCUCUCUGAAACAUGUCCUGUCACUGUUGUUCCUCCUGCUGUGUUGACUGUCACAUCCUUAUAUCUACACUGCUCCCCCUCAUUUAUGUGCAUACUUCCUCUCCCGCCUGUGUCCUGUAAAUUUUUUAAGAAUGUGCAAAGUCGACAUGGUGAUCAGACACAGAAAUAAUGUCAGAUAUCGUAAACCAACUAUCAAACACAGCCACUGUGGCAGCCAUGGAUGUGGAACAAAUGAAAUCUGCUCCUGCAUCUGUAUUAGAAAGUGUUUCAUGCUGCAUAUAAAAUGGAAAACAUAUAGGUUCCUAAGUCAUGUGCACUCAAACAUCCAAAUCCAAGGUAAUGUGAGAUCAAUCCCUCAUCUAUUAGAAAUCACAUUUCAGUUGACAAUUUCUCAUUUUGUCUGUGUAGGUCCGUCUGUCUUUGACGAGUGUGGAGUACAUCAUCAGCUGUGUCAUGCCCAAUGAGCUAGUGAGAAACAACGCUCACUGCAUGCAGGAGCUUCGUGGCUUGGCACAAAUCACUAAGAGUGGACCCCCUGAUUUCUCUAACCCCUAUAUCUGCCCUCGCCUGCCUCCCGCCAUCCUGUUGGCUAUAGGGGGCUGGAGCGGUGAUGGUCCGACCAAUGGAAUCGAGGCGUACGAUGUCCGAGCCAACCACUGGCACAAUUUUACAGACAAUUCAGAGCAUCCUCGAUCCUUUCAUGGCAUAGCCUACCUCAAUGGAAGUGUCUACUGUGUCGGUGGAUUAUACCAGUUGGAGCAUUUCAACAGCGUUCGCCGGUGGGACUUGAGCACAUAUACCUGGCAUGAAGUAGCGCCGAUGUACUGCCGAAGGGGCUUUGUUAGUGUUACUGUGCUGGAUGGGUGGAUCUAUGCCUUAGGAGGGUUUGAUGGUCAUACACAACUCAAUACUGCUGAGCGUUACAGGCCAGAGACCAAUCAGUGGAGUUUGAUUCCACCCAUGAAUGAGCGGAGGAGCGACGCUGACUGCACGACACUGAAUAACAAGGUGGGUGAGACAGAAGAGCACUGAUGAUUUGAUUUGCUGUAUCUACUUAAAAAAAGAUUUGAUUCAGUCAAACUUGCAGCACUUUAAGAAGGACAGGUGUAAGGAAACUGAAUGAGGUCAAAAUCCCUGAUUAGUUUUUUGACCUUUCAAAUGUGUGUUUAAAGCCCCCUGUGAGGAUUUUUCAGCUGGUGAUAAAAACAGACUGAAAUUAAUAUUGGUGUCUCUCUAUGACCUACAAAUGCAAACUAAACCAUCAGGGGAAAAAGCUGAUGAUUUAUUUGUUCUCAUAAUUAAUGCCUGAUACCAGUGAUGCAGGUUAGGACAAGACAAGGUCUCAUCUGUGUUGUGCUCGUUAAGUUUGGUUUGUGUGUGUCUUGAUAGUGGGAACAAAGUUAUCUAAAAAAGGAAAAACUAUCCUGUUCUACCCAGGUUUACAUAUGUGGAGGCUUCAAUGGGCAGGACUGCCUGCAAACAUGUGAAUACUACUGCCCAGAAACUAACCAGUGGACAGUGAUCAGCCCCAUGAACAACCCGCGCGGUGGGAUUGGCGUCGUGGCAUACUCAGGCUACAUUUAUGCUGUAAGUCCAUUCAGUCACUGAUAGUUUGUUCAAAAACAAUAAAACAAACUAGAUGUUAAAAUCAACAAACUGACAUAGGUUUUCCCAGCUGCUUUGUCAUUUAUAAGUACUAAAUAGUUAUUUUGGUAACACUUUACAAUAACCAUAAUUUAUAAAUGGUAAAUAGAUAGUCUUUUAAUGUUUUAUCAUCAUUUAGAAACAGCAUAUAGACCAAUUAUAAAUGGCAAAUAGAUAGUUUAUUAAUGUAAGUUAUAUAGUUACUUUAUCAUUAACAAGCAAUGAAAUUAUGAUUAAGAAUUUUCAUUACUUAUUGAUAGACUAUUUAUUUAAGGUUUACAUAGGGUUUAAAUAUUGGUUGUGUAACAUCUAGAUUAAAAUGUGUGUCAGUAGCACUUUGUAAAUGGUAAAUAUUUUGUUUAUAAAACAAAUAUAAAUAUGACUUAGACAGUUAUUGUAAAGUUGCAACUGAUGUUUGUAAUACUUUGUAAAUGAUGAAUAAGUGGUUUUUAAACCACCUAUAAACAUUACUUAGAUGGUUAUUGUAAAGUCAGGGUUAGGGUUAGAGUUAGGAUUUAAAAAAUGUAAAAUUUACAAUUUAUUAAUGGUCUAUAUGCUAUUUAUAAAUGAUGAUAAAACAUUAAUAAACUAUCUGCUCACUAUAUAAAUGGUCUAUUUACCCAGGGUUUUUCCUGCGUUCAAAAUUGCGUGGCGGCCGCCUCCACCUAAUUUUGUGCCGCCCCCAGCCAGAGCGAUUGAUUUCGCUCAACACAGCGUAAAGCUCCAGCUGUGUUGAUUGAGCGAUUGAUGUCCCGAUGCAGCAGCAACGUAUUUUAACUGCAGUUGCAGCGUUGCACCACUAUAGAGGCGCUAUAUCAACAGCAGUGCACCGGAAAGACCUGAAGCAUCUACCGAAGAAGAAACGGAUCGAAUCAUGUUUUUUCAAGUUUUUUUCCCGCUAGUUGGUGCUAUCGGCGUCCUGAUUUUCCCUGGCGGAUGGUACAAACAGGUAAAUACUGCUUCUCUUUUUUGCAUCCAAGCAUGUCGUGUUUAUUUAAAAAAAAAAAGUUUACUCCGUUUUUUAGCGUUGCAGUUAUGACAGGCAAAAUCAGACAGUACUUUAAAAAGCGACCUCGCGAGGAGGAAAGUCAAGAGUCCAGGUGAAACACAGCAGAGAAAAAACGUAACAGGCAGUUAAAAUGCUAUAAUUCAUGUUGGUGACAACGUGGAAAUUUGUGUCAGGUCUGAAAGUACUUCACAAGGGACUGGUGAUCGCGAGGGUCAGAAUGCAGGACAGGACGAGUCGGCGAGGCGAGGGUAAUUAAUUAAUUAGUUUCCAAUUAGGAGCAUAACAACGCAAAGCCGACGUGUACGUGGUUUUUAUUCCUCUUUCCAGAUCUUCUCAAAAACACAGAGCCAGUGGCUUUGACAAGCAGUGGCUCAAUCAAUUUACCUGGCUCAGGCAUACUGAGGAAGGCAUGCACUGCUAUUUAUGCCAAAAGCACUGUGCCCCAACACAGCAGGCAAUUGCUGCCUCCUUAGUGAGACAGCCAUCAACCAACUAUAGGCUGGACACAUUAAAGAGACAUGAGGUGACAGCCGUUCACAAAGCAGCAGAAGAGAAGGAGAAAUAUAUUAAAGAUGGUAGUACCUAAAAAAACUCAACUAAUAAAGUUACAAAAACUAAAAUAACAUAGUUUAGAUAGUUUAAGAAAUAAUUGGUUGUCGUUUUUUUUUUAGGGAGGACACUGCAGCGUAUACAUAUAUAUGAUUGAAAACACUAUCACUCUUCAUGUCUGUAUCAGAAUAAAAACAAAAAUACUUAAUACAUGAUGAAUUGUUUUGUUUAAGGUGAAGACAAACAGACUGAAGGAGAGGCACUUGGAUGUCUGUUGUAAGGUGGCCGUUGAUGGACCAGACCAGGAGGCCUUGGACUACAAGGAGUGCAUGAGGAGGUUCUACAGAAUGAAAAAGAGGAGGCUGAAAUGUUCUGUCUGGUUGCGAGAUGUGUGGAUGAAGUGUACUUUCAAUUUAAAGUUGCCAGCUGAUUUGUGUAUGUAUAUAGUUUUAAUAAAUGAAUGCUUUAACAUGAUAAUGGUCACACUCUUUUUUGAACUCUUAACUUAAAGUAUGUUGCCUGUAAAAGAAAGUGAAUCGGUUGAAUUUACAAAUACAUGCACGUCGUGGCGCAUGGUCAGGAUGGUGCCACCUCUGCCUCAAUUUGAGCCAGGAAAAACCCUGUUACCAUUUAUAAGUUAUGGUUAUUGUAAAGUGUUACCGUUGUUUUUCUUCAGAUUUAGAAACUCUGGGAUAUAAUUGUGAAAUGUGGGGAAAUCGGGUUCAGUCCAGUUUCACUGAUUCUCCAACUUUACUGCUUUAGGUUGGUGGCUUUGAUGGCAAUGAUCGUCUGAGCACUGCAGAGGCUUACAACCCCCAUACCAACACCUGGAAUGACAUACCCUCCAUGCAAAACCCUCGCAGCAACUUUGGAAUUGAAGUGCUUGAUGAUUACCUCUUUGUUGUUGGGGACUUCAACGACUUCACCACCACAUUAAACGUUGAAUACUACGACGCCAUAAACAAUACUUGGACUGAGGCUGCCGACAUGGAGAUUUCCCGCAGUGAUGUCAGGUGCUGCGUGGUGUCCGGGGUCAACAGGGACAGAUUCAUUAUCCCUCGAGACAACCUGCUACAUGCCACGGAGACUGAGUUUGCCGAUUCAGGAGAGUCCUCCUAAUACCAGGCUUGGACCUCUAACCCCAAAAAAUAAAC